AUGAGCGGAGCCGGCCGGGCGGCGGGCGGGCCGUGCCCCGAGAGCUCCCCGCCACGCAGCCAGCGGCUGGGCGGCCUCCUGCGGUGCCUCCGAGAGAGUGAAACCAGAAGACUAGAAUUGGAAAGGAAACUGCUAGAAUACAAAAGUUCUGAUGCAUACCUAAUGAAACUAAAAUAUGUGAAGCUGAAAAAGUACUUGGAAGAAGUAAAUGAACGACAAAAAAAAGCUCUUCUACGAAAUCAGGCGUUCUUAAAUGAAUUCAACGAGUUUGAGGCGCAGAUGAAAGCUUCGAGUUCAGACCUGAUUGAGAAGAUGGGAGUACGGUGUGGAAGAGAAAUUAAAAGUGGGCUGUUGUUUCGAGAGGGUGGCUUGGCACAAGGUGACAAGGAAGAAGGCUGCAGUGAGCAGAUGCCACAGGCUGCAAGGCAGGCUGGAAUUCAUGCUGAAACAGCUGUGUCCAGAAGCUUGCAUCACCCACUGCCAUUCUUCGUGGGCCACUGCAUGUCUGCCUGCAGUGUGCAGCAGGAACCCCCUCAGUCUGCUGCCCUCCCCAGCACACUGACAGCCUUGCAGGAUGAUGAGACAGAUGGGCAUCUCAUGCAAGCUGGUGGUGACGUGCAGCAUGCCAAUAAGCCUGAUGAGCAAGGUGGCAAGUCACGUAUCCCCACGGGGGAGAAGAUGCUCAUCCAAGGCAGCAGCUUGCACAGCAGUCUUCUGAAUUUCACAGAACAGAAAAAUUCCACCGCACUCUGCUCAACGUUACCCGAUGGAGGAAGUGUGCAGAGCAGGACUGCUGACUUAGCGAGGGACACAUCAAUGGGCGAGGUGGUGACCCACGAGCACCUGGUAGCAAGUGCCAAAGAAGUCUGUGAGCAGCCUGUCCUCUUGGCACCUGCCUCUGAGCCCAGCAUCUCUGGACCCCAAUGUAACCUGAACACCCAGCAGGCAGCCAGCCAGGCCAGCAGCAGCAGCAGCACCCACCCAGCAGAGGACUCCUCUUUGCAGCCACCCAGCUGCUGUGCAGCAGAGGAUGAGCCCUUGGGCAGCUCGGUGCCUGACGGCUCCUGCAGCCAGGAUAGCAGUCUGAAAGAAGACGUGGAGGCCAGUGAGGCAGCUGUCCUCUGUCAGCUCCCCAGAGCCAAGCCAGGCGAGCGGUGGGAUGUGGCCACACUGCAGGCCUCGCUGAAGAGCCACGCUGCCUUCCUGGAGGAGCACGAGCACCUGUGCACUGAGGAGCUGGCCGCUGUGUCACACAGCACGCUGGAUUCGGGCGAGGAGACACCAGGAAGCCAGGCUCCACCGCUGCUGAGAGAGGUCCUUGCAGAAGAGCGUGGAGAUGGGUCAUCUGUUCAGAGUAAUGAAUCAUCUUACAGCUUGCCAUCGAUCCCAAAUGACGGCAGGGAAAUGGAGCAGGCAAAACAUGUUCCGUGGCUCGACAGCAUGGGAAAGCAAGGUUGUGUUGUUGGAAAUAAUGGUUCCGAAGCAAAAGAAAGGCAAGAAAUGUGCUCCGAAAGCAGUUCACCCAGUGAAAGAAGCGGUGACCUCUCAAGGCCUGAAUUCAGGAAGGGAGCGAUAACUGCUAUAAAAUCCAAAGCUUUCUGGGGCGAAUCUGACGAUAGCAGCUCUGAGGCUGUGGAUGUUUUGCGUCCACAAACUCACAGCCCAGAAGCAGAUGACUUUGAUGACUUCUAUGAUUGAAGUUCCACCGCUUGCCUUUGGGAAGCAAAUCAACAGCAUCACCUUCCACAACUUGAAUGUGCAGAAGUGCACCUCAUAGGUUGAUAUUCGCAUUUAAAUACAGAAUAAAGAUUGCUUGGU